GAAACACUGAGAGGACAACAGAGCUGAGAGUCGUUCAGGAGCCGACAGUCUCUGAUCAGCUCCGUCCAGGAGACUUGAUGUCUCUGCAGUGUUCAGUCCUCUCUGACCCGGACAGUAAAACGUGUCCCGGAGGUCACAGCGUGUUGUGGUUCAGAGCCGGAUCACAUGAAUCUCGUCCAGACAUCAUCUACACUGCUGGAAACAGACGUGAUGGAUGUGAGGAGAGAUCUGCCUCUCAGAAAAGCUGUGUUCAUCACUUCUCUAAGAACAUCAGCUCCUCUGAUGCUGGGACUUACUACUGUGCUGUGGACACAUGUGGACGCCUUUUAUUUGGAGAUGGGACCAAAGUGGACGUUGAAGAUAACAGUAUCAGGAAGUUUUCACUGAAGGAAACCACAGUUACUUUUCUGCUCUGUGCUGCCUUGGCCCUCACGCUCAUCGUUAUAGCCUUCCUUAUUCAUGCCAUCAAGACAAACAACAACGCAUCUGAUGCUUUGGGAGAAAACUGUGAUGUUUGGAGAAGACAGAUGUUGGAGAGUUUAAAGAGAGAUCAGGUUUAUCUCUGCCGUCGUCUUUACCGUGAUGAAAUCAAAGAAAGGAGCAAAAGCAGCGGAGAAAGAGAGGAUCUACGCCGCUGUGAAGGCUUUUGA